UAUUAAUGCAAGGAAAACAUAACUUUAUAUUUUCAUUGGACGGAGAGCAAAAAUCAUUCUUUGUUUCAAAUUUGGAUGUCGCAUCCUUUUGUCGUUUGAUUCGUUCCGCAUUUUAAGUUGAUAAGACUAUCACAGCAUUAUAAGAUGCGUAAGGUAAAUGCAACGAUAUAAUAGGAAACAUUUGCGAUUUACAUUAUUUUUGCAAUAAUCUGCACGCUCACAAGGAUAAAUUCUACAUUAUAUUGACCGAACAAAGGAAAGCUGAAAGACAGAGUAGAAAGUCUCAUAAAAGUAAAAACUCCAGAGUGCUAACAACAAAUGAUGAACCUUCAUACUAUGUUGAAUUUGGAGCCUUCUUAUAAGAAAUCCAGCAAAUAAGAUUCAGGUAUUUUUGAAGAGUCAUCUAGUCCCCAACAUCCAGUUUUGACAAUAGUGUUGGUAUUUGACAAUGAAUACUAGGCUGGCAUCUUCGGUCAGCCCAUAGUAAUGAGAAUCUACAAAACAUUUGCGUUUCUCUAAGCCUAUUACACAAUAAUCUAAGAGGAGGAAUCUGAUUCUUUGUUAUUAACGGUUUUUGAAAAUUAAAUUCUCAAACAUGAAAUGGAGAUGAAAAUUAAUCAUUCCGUAGCUGAAGAUGUGUGCUAUUAGAUUGAGCAAUUGCUUUGUGAGGAAGAAGAGCCAGAACCUAUAUUAUAAGGUAGUUUUGCUACUCCUAAUAGUAAUGCAAACAACAACAUCCCCUUGAUUGUCACUAGGGGGAACGAGAAAUAGAUUUUAUAGGUGGAGGCAAAUGAUAACUUUCAUUCAAGUUAAGGCAAAAGAACACAUGGGUAUAAUUUGUGUUAAUAAGUGUAAUGAGGGUAAAGAAGGCAGUUGACAAAUUUCGAAAUCGAUUCGAAUCCAGAGAAUAUGAAUACCUCUUAGGAUUAAUUAUAGGCUAAGAUCAAUCAGUCUUUGCUGCAUAUCAAUUAUUUUAAAAAUAACAAGACGACGAGAAUUUCAUUAGAAAUUUGAAAUCACUCCUACCUCAAGAGGACAACAAUAACCUUUCGUUGUAAAAAUGAUAUAUUUUGUUAAUUAGUUAAAACAAUCUCAAAUUCAUCACUAGUCCCAGUCGAAGUGAUCUUCAUUAAUCUGUUAACUUCCCCUAUGAUUGUAAUCCAACUCCAGGUUUGAGAUCAACUGUGACAAUAAUGGAAUAAUUACUUAGUUCAGGAGAUUUAGAUUCAAUCGAGUCUGGAAUGUUGAGAGAAUUGAGAAUGGACAGUGAUUUGGACGACUUGGUAAAAAGCCUUAUGGAAUACCCUCAAGAUGUACAAUAAUAUCCCAUUUUAUAAGGUUCUACUUUAAAUAAUAAGACAAUAUUUGCAAAGCCUAUUUUAGUAAGAAAUAACUAAGAAUUUCAAUUCUCAUUAGGUAGAGUACUUUCUAUAAGAAAAUGCAAAUAAAUAAAAUCCCAUUUAUGAGGGAUUUCAAAGAUUUGGAUAAAAUGGAUAAUUAUAGGAGCUAUUUUUGCUCCUGAAAGACAAUGUUGGACAAUUAGAAUAAUAAUUAAGAGAAGAAAAUAGCUAUUCUUAUUAUUUGAUGCAUAAACGACGUAAGGAUAGUCAAGAUGAACAUUUCCAUUUCCAUUUAAAUUUACCUUAAGUUAAUUAAUAGGAAGAACGAAAAUUAAGUGUUGAUUCAUAAGUAUUAGAGAGCAAGAAAGAAAUCAACUUUAUUGAUAGAUAUCAUGUCAAAGUGUUACAAAAAUACAGUAAUGAAGAUUAUGAAAAACUGUUUAUGACUGUUUAUGAUCAAUGUAGCAAAUUCUGUGAUGAACACGAAAAAGCCAAAUUACAUGGAUUUUAUACUGCUUAAAAUUAAAGGCUACUAGAAAUCUUAGAUAAAUAUGGAUAAAGAUAUGAUAUCGAUUGCAUUAAAUCAGAUAUCAACGAUUUAUUAACUUUACAAAAUAAAAAAAUUGAUGAAAUCCCUUCACCUACUCAUGGAGCUGUUAUUGAACCAAAAAUGCAUAAAUAUUAAAAUUUCAAAUUUAUUAUAAAUUUUUUAUACGAGAUUGAUAAAGUCAUUACUCUAAGGUAAGCAAAGGCAUUUUAUUAUUUAUAUUCAAUUGAGGAUAUGUCUGUUAUGGCAGCUUAUGAAGUGUAUUGCGAAACAAAGGAAUAAGACGAGUUUUUAAAUACUCUAAACCUCAUAUUCAAGGUGUAUUCAUCCUCUUCUAGAUUUGACUUCAAUGAAAUCGAGUAGUUUGAUAGUUUGAUUGAACAGCAAUUAACUAUUCUGUUUGCCUACAGAAGGUGUUUGAAUCAAGAACAAAGGUUGGCAUUGGAAUAAGUAAUAUAUCAAAUGAUAUUGUUAGAAUAUGAUCUCAGAUAAUACAUUAUUGAAACUCUUUAGGGAUUUCCUUAGAUAGAGAGAUCAGAGGGUAUUCAUCUAGAAGUUAUCAGAUUUUGCAAAUAGUCAAAUUGAAAAGUAAAAAGACAAUUAAUCAAUGGAUCCUUACAUGAAGAAGAUCGAUUAAAAUAAUCAACAUAAAGAUUUAAUAAAAGACAUCUGUGCUAAAUUCUUAAAGACAAAGGUGAAAUAAAUUGAUCUUCUGAUGGAUGCAAUUGACAAGGACAAUAUUAUGCUGAAAUCUUCAUUGGAAGUCUAUGACUACAAUUUAGAUAAAUAAGAUUUAGUAGAAAAUAUCCAGUUAAUCUAUAAUUACAUCUUAAAAUCUAAUGUGAAAAGCAUAUUGAAAGCAAACUUAAUUGAAUUAGGUAGAUCAAAAACUGAUGUAAGUAUUUUAGUGAUGAUUAAUAGUUAACCUACUUAUUAAGAAAUAUUAAUCAAGAUGAGCCAAUUCUUAAAGGAGCGUUUGAAUUGUAUUUCUAAACUAAAGAUGAAGCAGAACUCAAGGAUACUAUUAGUCGAAUACUCAAAUUUAGCAAUAUUUGAUUAUUAUUAUU